UUUCUCUAUCUCUCAGCCGCUCGAUCACACACACACACUCUCUCUCUCUAAAACACUCUCUUUCGCUCUCUACCUUGCAGUGCGCAGGUUAAGGUGGGAGAGAGUGCGCAGGUUAAGGUGGGAGUCACGAUGGAUCGUCAAGCUGCGUUUAUGAUAGGUUUUAUCUGCAUUGUCGUCGCCGGCGUCGGAGGUCAAGGUCCGGCGACAUCUCCUACUGCAACUCCGGCACCUCCGACUCCGACUACACCGACAGCCUCUCCUCCAACCACCACCACAACUCCACCACCCACAACCGCUCCUCCAACUCCCACGCCUCCAGCGCCGGUCUCCACUCCUCCUGCUGCUACGCCGCCGCCAGUGAGCUCACCACCACCAGUGAGCUCGCCGCCACCAGUGAGCGCACCGCCUCCUGCCGUUCCUCCUCCGGCUGUCCCUCCUCCAGCGGUUCCCCCUCCAGUACCGACUACUCCUCCGCCGUCUCCUCCACCUCCGAUGCCGGCACCUCCACCACCGGCCGUUCCCUCACCUGCUCCUCUCGCUGCUCCUCCUGCUUUGGUACCGACUACCGCUCCCACUCCGAGCACGCCCAUAGCUCCUUCGCCGUCGCUUUUGAGUCCACCUUCGCCUCCUACGGGGGCACCGGGACCGAGUCUGGUGGUGGGGACUACUUCGCCGGCACCAUCUGCUUCCGAUCAGAGCGGAGCAGAAAUGAUGUUGUCCAUGCAAAAGAUGAUCGGGAGCUUGAUCUUCGGAUGGGGUGUCCUCUGUUUGCUACUCUAGAGAGAUUUCCCUCUCACAUUGCCUCCUGGCCAUAUUUCAUGUGUUAUUUACUUAUUUACUUUUGACUACAUAUAUUACUUGGCUGUAUUUGGACUACUACUACACAUUCAGUUGGAUUCUUUGUGAGAUUUUCGAGAGGAGCCUUUUGUACUGAGAGAUUAUUAUUGUUAUUUUGAAUGGGACUAUUGUAGUUUCCUCUC